AACAUGUUAGUGAUUUUUUUCAGUACCUCAUAACCAUUGUAGAAAGUUGUUUCCAAGGCAAGCAAAGGCCUAUGGCACCUCAUAGAAUGGAGUCCGGUUUGUGAAUUAGGGCCCUCGGGUGCUAUAGUAAAAGGCGAAAGAUUUAUACGAACUACUACUAUGCCCUAAACUAUUAGUCUUAAUGAGGACUAUGGCUAUGCCAAAUUUCACACUUCAGCUGUUGUAGUUCUGUGUCUGCAUUUAAAAAAAACAAAUUUACAAAGACACUGAAAGUGAGUUUUUUCCCCUUCACUCACUGACAACUCUGAAACAUGUUAAAUAAUUUUGCUCAAACUUUCCAAAAAUUUAUUUUGGGAUAGAGAACAAAAUAUGGAAAUUUCAGCCUAAAAGAUUAAUGCAAACGUGUGGAAAUUUAGGGUUAUAACACUGUUUUUCAUCCUUACCUAAGAUCAUAAAUCCAUUUUUCCCUAAGGCUAUCAAAAAGUAACUACUAUUUUUUAUCCUGUUUGGAAACUGUAUUCUUGGAAUGAUUUUCAGGGAAUCUUCUGCAAAAGGGAUUGUUCUUGCUAGUGACUGCUCUUCUAGUGGAGAAUGGAUAAAUGGAUUGCAUCAGGAAAGAGUAUUUCUCUCGAAAAUGCUUCAGUGAUAUUAAGGUCUGGUUAGGAGAAGCAGCAUUUUCUCAUCUACUGGCUCUGCGGUCUGAGCACAAGGGUAUGCUAUGACUGGUUUCAGACUGCCCAUCACUGCCUUUAGAAAACUAAAUGUCUGGCUUGGAGUCUGGGAGAAAUUUCCCUCUAAUAAACUCUGCGUGUCCUGGAGGAGACAUAUAUACCCUAUCCACCAAUCCAGUAUAAUAAACUACAGAAAUCACAUUUCUCCUGUGAUACAUGAUGUAUUUUUAAGACCGCCUUCACAAUGUAUUUCAGUGCCUUGUGUACGACUUAAAAGUGACAAAAGUUCUAGAAAGAAAAAACAAACCCUGCAAGAGGAGGAGGAGGAGGAAGAAGAGAGAAGUGAUUCAGAAGAUGAAUUUGAAAAUGACCCCAAUAUAGUGAAAGAUUACAAGGAUCUUGACAAAGUAGUCCAGUCUUUUCGUUAUGAUAUAAUAAUGAAAUCUGGUCUAGAUAUUGCAAGAAACAAAGUGGAAGAUGCAUUCUAUAAUGGUGAACUCAGGCUGAAUGGAGAAAAAUUGUGGAAGAAAAGCAGAACUGUGAAAGUUGGUGACACACUGGAUCUCAUAGUAGGGGAGGAUAAAGAAACAGAAACUGCUGUAGUUAUGCGAGUUGUUUUAAAAAAAGCAUCAGAAAAGACUGAAAGUGAAAAAUACAAAGUGGUUUUGCGGCGCUGGAAAAAUUUAAAAGUGCCCAAGCAGGAUGUAUUUAAGUGACAAGGAUUUGCAUAUGGCAGCAUGAGACUUCUUAAUGGAAAACUGUUUCAUUUGUUGCUAAAUAUGAAUUUUGGUUAAACAAAAUUCUUGCACCCUAGCUAAGGGCUUCUGAUAGAAUGUUACCUCCUUGUCAUAUGCAUCAUUCAUAUCUUGUGAUAGAACAGAGUAAACUGACAGACUAUUCAUUUUUGUUUCAUGGUAAAUUGGAAAAAGCUUUAUUUCCAGAGAGUUUUCCUAAAGAACAUAUAUCAUGGUUGGGUAAAAGCUAGAUAGAUCUCAGCUGCUUGACAGUUGUCUCUGAUUUUGUUAAUCAAAAUGAUAACAAGUGGAAGAAUGUUUCUGGCUGUGAGACUUUACUUAACUCAUUUUUCUAACCUUGUACCUAAGCAGUGUCAUUCUAGGACUAUGAAACCUUUCUCAAAUCUAAAAACCCAAAGGAGGGAGACAGGAUUAUUUAAUAGCUUUUCCCCUCCUAUGGUCACUGAUUUGAAUCUGAUUCAGUUGAUAGUGACAAAGUCACUACCAUUUGAUACUUGUCAGUUGCCUCUGUGAAAUGUGUUGGUGGUCAUGUCCAUAUUACUACUGGCCAGUUUGGCUAUUUUAGAGUGACCAGGAAUUAACUGGGGAACGGCUGAGGAGACACUCACGUCGUGACUGAGAGGCACAUUGGAAGAUCAGGAAGAGGGAGCUUACACUACCAUCACUUUAUAUUGUAUAGUAGCUGUGCAGAACAUGAGUGGAAGAUUUCAGCCUCAUGCCCUCAUUCAUUGAAUAUUAAAUAAAGAGUACUUAAUGCUUAAACUGG